AUGUCGAAUGUCAACAUCACAUGUCCAAGCAACAACUACUCACCGCCCCUUUCAAAUGCUGUCUCUCUACGAUACCAUCAACUUCGCAUCUCAUCGUUGCGCAGCAUUUUAACUUGGCAUCAUCACGUCCUAUCUUCAAUCCGCGUCUUCGCACCACAUCUUCAUUUCGUGUCUUUAGGCACAUGGCUUCAGCUUCUACUCGCCGAGCCUUACGAACGACGUCUUUUCAUAAUUCCUCUUCAGCUGGCACCUUGGCACCUCGUCCUUAAUCUCAAUAUUCAUACUACAUCUCUGCAUCUU